AUGAGAAUUCCAACGGGAAGAUUCGGAAAUGGACGAGUUUUCUCCGAUAUAAUUGCCGAGGGUUUGGGGAUAAAAAAGACUUUACCACCUUCUCGUAAGUUUUUCAUUGCUCCAAGCGACCUUAAAACUGGAGUUUGUUUCGCAUCAGGUGGUGCAGGAGUUGACCCUGUCACAUCUAGACUACUGAGAGUUUUAAAGCCGAGCGACCAAAUAGGUGAUUACAAAAAGUACAUAAUGAAGCUAAAGGUUGUAGCACCUACGCAAGCGAAAUCAAUCAUUGCAAACGCAGUGUAUCUUGUUUCUCAAGGAAAUAAUGAUAUUGGAAUCUCGUUUUUUAUGACUCGAUCUGCAUUCAUGCGAGGAUAUUUGACAGGUGGUAUGUACAUCACUAAACUAACUAGUUGGAACAAAAGUUUUAUGAAACAAAUGUAUGAUCAAGGAGCCAGAAAAUUCGCAGUGAUGGGAGUGAUACCGUUUGGAUGUGUGCCUAUGACAAGAAUCUUGGGUAGGUGUAACAUGUUCGCAAAUAUAUUAGCUGAAAGGUACAACGCAAAACUGAAGAAUGGUGUUAAAACUUGGCCAAGAGAAGCCGGUUUUCGUGGUUCAAAGUUUGUCUAUGUCGACAUGUUCAACACUCUUAUGGAUGUUAUAAACAAUUAUAGAAAAUACGGAUUUAGUAAUGCGAACAAUGGGUGUUGUUGUAUGCCUACAGCGAUCGUACCUUGCAUAAAUCCUCAUAGUCAUGUCUUUUAUGACUUUGUUCAUCCCUCGGAGAGAGCCUACAAAACCAUUUCCAAAAAGCUGGUCCAGGAUAUCAAGAGAGGCCUUGCCUAG